AGCCCAAGUUUCCGACCGGACUUCCGCUGAUCUGUUUUUCUAUGCUGGAUAACGAUAGCUUUCCCAGAGUUAGUUUUAGCGAAGUAAAUGCUGUUUUCAAAACACAAAACGAUCAAUUCAAGACACCGAACACAUCUAGUUAUAAUUUGUCUGGAGAUGACACGCUGUGCAGAGUAACCAAUGAAAUGUUGGAGUCAAUUUAUCAAGCGGCACUUAAGAUGAAUGGCCUGUCUUCAUCCUUCCCUCCAGACUCAUCUCACCUCCUUCCUCUCCUCUGUGCUUCCCUGUGGCUUCGCUCUGGGCCCUUCGCUGCUCUGUGAAGGCAGCGUGGGACUUUGGUGGGUCGGCCGCCCGCUGGAGGCCGGGAUCCUGCUGGGGAGGGAGGGCGACACACAGUGGGUUGCCAAGCGGCUUUCAGACCCAGGAAUUCCCAGCGGAGGCAUCAAACCCACUGAAAACGACCAAUCAAGAACAGUUCGUGUCAGCAACUCUGAGGAUGAGAAGGCACUAAUGGGGAGAUCAGCAACUCAAGAAGCUCCCGUACAAAGAGCCAUAUGGUUCAGCUUUGCCUGUCAGGCGGAAUGCAAAGCCCAGCAGAACGUGGCGGUGCAGUGUGCAUGUGGAGAGGUGUGUGAGGACACGUGUGUGGAUCUCUGUCUGCGUGUGUGUCAGAACAUCCAUCCUGGAACCGAGCUGCUGGUCUAUGAUGACUCUGUGGGAAAAGGUCAGACAUUAGACCACCCAGGUAGGAAUGUGAAGCUGUUAAAGAAGGCAGAGACUGACCUUACCAACAAAACAAACCUGGAAAAUGAGAAGGUCGAAGAGAAGAGGAAAACUCUGCAGAGUGAGGAAGGACAACACAGACAGACUGUCAUCAAACAGAGCCGGUCAUCCACACAGAGGAGGAAGAGGAGAAUGAAAACCAUCCGACAUGAGCCUAGCUCAGACUGUGACGAAGAACAGGACAGGUCAACGGACACAGCUGCUAUGGUGGAUGAAUCGCACCUCCCUGUCCCUCCUGCUGUUCGCUUCAGCUCCCGUUUAGCAGCUAAACCUCGGCAGGUUCACACUACGUCCAUCCGAUCGGUCCGCCCUCCUGCACGACGCGACUCCUCCAAACAGACCGAGGGACAGAGCAGGAUCUUAGCUGAGGCUCCCACUGUUUCCUGCACCACACCACCUCCUGAAACCAAGUCGAUCGGCGCAGCGUCUCCUGCCAAGGAGGCCCCCGAGUGGCAACCAGAGAUCCGAGAGAGACGGUACCGGUGCACCAGCUGUGGGAAAAGGUUCUACCAGCUCGGUCACUUGAGGAAACAUCAGUUCAGCCACACUGAUGAGAAACCCUUUAGCUGUCAGGACUGUGGGAAAAACUACACCUCAUCAGAAAGUUUUAGAGUGCAUCAGAUGAGUCACCGAGGCGAGCGUCCGUUUUCCUGUCCUCACUGUGAGAAGACCUAUGGCCUGAAGCGGGACUUGAAGGAGCACCUGGUCCUGCACACUGGAGAGAAACCCUACACCUGUGAGCACUGUGGCAAAUCAUUCGCACGGCGCCCCUCCCUGCGUGUCCACCGCCUGCUUCACUGCAGCAGGAGGGUCUACAUGCAAUCCCCAAAGGUGCAGUGCACAGUCUGCUCGAAGCAGCUGGCCAACCCCAAUUCCCUGAGGAACCACAUGAAGCUGCACACGGGGGAAAAACCUCACAUCUGCCAGCACUGCGGGAAGCGCUUCAGUCAGAAAGGGAACCUGGAGAGCCAUCUGAGGGUUCACAGCGGAGAGAGGCCCUUUCCUUGCCCCGAGUGCCUCCAGACCUUCACUCAGAAGUCAGACCUCCAGCGGCACAUGUUCUCCCACACCGAAGGAGGAUUUCUCUGUAGCUUCUGUGGGAGAACGCUGAGGGACCCCCACAGUCUGAAAUACCAUGAGAGGCUGCACACAGGAGAGAGACCGCAUCGCUGCUCAAUCUGUGGAAAAGGCUACACAAUGGCCACCAAACUGACGAGACACAUGAGGUCUUCCCAUCUAAAGGAGAAGCCGUACAGCUGCUCUUGCGGUGCCGCUUACGCCUUGAAACAGAGUCUGCUGAGGCACCAAGCUCAGCACAGGGCAGUCAGAGGGGCUGAGACAGAGGUGGAAAAAAAGGACGGAAACGGCAGCAAUGAAGAAGCUGCAGGCCGCAGCCACCUGAAACCGAUCCGAGGCAGACCGAAGAAGACUGUGCAUGCUGCAGGGACAGGAGAAAAGGAUGAAUGGGAAGUGAAACAGACAACAGGACAAGCAAAAGAAAAGGAAAAGGACGACAAAUUCAAAAUUGUUAAAACAUCAACCGCAGAAGUUGCAGGCAAUGUCCAACACGCUGUGGUUUAUCUCCACACAGAAGACCUCUCAGGAGUGACCUCCAGGCCUCUGCUUCUCUCCACAGACGGAUCCCUGCCUGCAGGGACGGAGUCAGAGCUGCUGGAGGUGAUGAUUUCUGACUGCACAGAGCAGUGCAUCAUGGUCCAGGAGCAGCAGGGGGUGGGGGAGCUGCUGAUCCUGCAGGAGGAAGCAGACGAACUCUGCACCGUGGCUCAGACAGUUGAGAUAAACACAGCAUAACCUAAACCCACAGCUGGAGGUCACUGAUGGUCAAUGCAGCUCAGCUAGCUGAUGACCCGCCUUCCUUCAGCCUACCUCAUCUACAUUUAACCCAGUUUGUUAUGGAAAAUUGUCAGAUGUCCACGAAUUAAAAAUGAUUAACUGAUGAUUAUACCGAAAACUACAAAUAAUUAGAGAAAGAGCAUCAUACCCACAGUUUUCAUGUGAUUUUUGCUUUUCUUUGCUUUUAAUAUGUUUUCAGGAGCUUAAAAAUGGAUGAACAUUUUGGACAAAGUGGUUGAAAAUGUGACAGAAUUUGUCUUGUAUAUGAGCAGAGAGCAUGUUUAACACCAGGGUACCCGAACACUCAACGAAUUGGACUUUAUAAACUACACAACAUCAUACUGACAUUUCUGAGUAGUAUACAGUUAGUGUUGAGCCAAAUAAGGCGAUGAAACAGCAGAACUGGACCAGUGAUGGAGCUGGUUUGAGUCCUCGUCUUAAUCUGUGAGACAGACAAUUAAUAUAUAAUAUAAGAAGCUAGACUGGGGUAAAAUAUUGUUUUCUAUAGAGAGUUGGACUCAUGAUUGAUACGAGCUUUAUCUUUGUUAGUAGAUUUAGUUCUGUCCCAACAACAGAACCACAAACCUUAACAUAUUUUAUUGCAUUUCAUUGGGUUUUAUGCUGUAGAUCAACACAGAGUGGUUUGUGAUUGUGAAGUGGAAAGAAAAGGAAACAUGAGCUACAUUGUUUUACAAAGAAGUAAAUCCCCAUUUACUCUGAUACCCCUAAAUAAAAUCCACUGCAAGCAAUUCAGAAGUUACCUUAUUGAUAAAGUUAGUCCACCUGUGUAUAAGUUAUUCCUUCAUGCUGUGGGGAUGCUUUCCUUCUGGUCAGAUGUGAUGGAGCUAAACACCAGGACCAGUCUCUCAGAGAGCUCCCAUCUUAUCCUAAUUUUCCUGCCAAGGAGUCCCAGCUUCAGUGGUUCAGUUCCCUGCUGAGAGCGACUCUGAGGAGGAGACAACACAGAUUCUUCUUAGUGAGGAGGUGUGGUUGACCCUGUUGUUAGGUGUUACGUUGUCUUCUAAAAGCUGUGAUUGGUUGUUGCAAAAACCCAACAAACAACACAUGUAAUUUGUUGUUUGUUGGGUUUUAACUGGAUUCAGAAAUGUUUUAAUCAUGAUAAUAAAACUUAGACAAAUAAAGUUAAUUGUCCCACAGCAUCAACAUGUUUGAACGCAGCUUAUUUACAUGCUCAUCAUUAUUCUGAUUUGCUUAUCAUUUUUACUCUCCAUGCUGGUUGUUUUCCUACUGCAUCUAUUUCAUAUGAAUUAAUUUCAUAUUAAUAUUAAAACUCAACAUUUUCCUGUGA